GGUGUAAGUAUUAACACAACAUGAGAUCCCUGAAAGCUCAACAAACCUACAAAGAAAACCAUGAACGUAGACGAAGAGAUUCACCAACUCAAAGAAGAAAUCAAACGACUCGGCCACAAACAAGGCGAUGGAUCUUAUAAGGUGACAUUCGGCGUGCUGUUCAACGAUGACAGGUGUGCAAACAUUUUCGAAGCACUAGUCGGGACAUUGCGGGCAGCCAAGAAACGCAAAGUUUUGGCAUACGAUGGCGAACUCCUACUACAAGGUGUUCACGAUAACGUUGAAAUCAUACUCAAACCAGAACCAGAAGCAGCAUGAUCGAUC